AUGGGGUUACAGCGAGCUAUCAACAGUGAGGAUGACUGCGGUGUGUUGGAGGGAAAUUGGGGGAGUUAUUAUGAGGACGGACAUUCACCCAGUCACUGGACCGGUAGCAGUGCCAUCCUUACAGAGUGGCUCGAAAACCAGUUCGAACCAGUCAAAUAUGGACAGUGCUGGGUGUUUGCCGGAGUGAUGUGUACAGUGAUGCGGUUUUUCGGAAUCUCCUGCCGCGUGGUCACCAACUUCUCUUCAGCUCACGACGCCAAUCUCACCAUCGAUCGAUACCAUUCUUUAGAUGGAAUCGUGGACAAAUCCAAGGACAGUAUUUGGUGA